UGCCCUGGGACAAUUUAUGGCACAUUGGAAACGUUUGGCCAAAUUCCUCUGCAAAACCGUCAGCUGCUGUAGCUGCACAGUCUUGAGUGUUCCUGUCCAUGAAUAUGCUCAGUGUGGAGGCUGCUGGCCCUGCCAUCUGUAAGAAGAUGUCGUACGGAUCCAUCGCUGGCGGAGGUGGCCUGGGGAGCCGUGGCCCUUUUGGGGGACCUUCAAGACAAGGCUAUCAGCCCCUAGAGUGCGCUAGAUGUUGGACCGAGUAUGGAAUCCGCCAUUUCCCCUGCCCGUCGCCAGAGAGCAAGCUGCAGAACCCCUGUGUGGGGAAGGACGGGGAAGGUGAUCUGGGGCCGGCGGGCACGCCUAUUGUCCCAAGGGCCAGGAAGCGAGGGCCUGGGGUUGCCCCUGAAGGCAGCCGGAUGCCGGAGCCCACCUCAUCACCCACCACUGGCCCAAGGAAGGACUUGGCCGCUGGGCCCCAUGGCCGCAUGGUGGGGCCCAGCGCUACCCGGGCCAAGAAGAGGAAGCCUAACUUCUGCCCGCAGGAGACCGAGGUGCUGGUGUCCAAGGUGAGCAAGCACCACCAGCUGCUGUUCGGCACGGGGCUGCUGAAAGCCGAGCCCACUCGCAGGUACCGCGUGUGGAGCCGCAUCCUGCAGGCCGUGAACGCGCUGGGCUACUGCCGCCGUGACGUCGUGGACCUGAAGCACAAGUGGCGGGACCUGCGAGCCGUCGUGCGGCGCAAGCUGGGCGACCUCCGGAAGGCGGCCCAUGGCCCCAGCCCCGGUUCUGGCAAGCCCCAGGCCCUGGCCCUCACGCCUGUGGAGCAGGUGGUGGCCAAGACCUUCUCUUGCCAGGCCCUGCCCUCUGAGGGCUUCGGUCUGGAGCCGCCCAGAGCCACCCAGGUCGAUCCACGUGACCUCCAGGAGCUGUUCCAGGAGAUGUCAGCCAACGUCUUCCAAAUCAACUCCAGUGUGACCUCCUUGGAGCAGAGCCUUCAGUCCUUAGGGACACCGAGUGACACGCAGGAGCUUCGGGACAGCCUGCACACAGCACAGCAGGAGACCAACAAGACCAUCGCAGCCAGCGCCACCACCGUGAAGCAGAUGGCCGAGCUGCUGCGCAGCUCCUGCCCGCAGGAGCGUCCUCAGCUGGACCGGCUGAGCACCCAGCUCUCGGAGGCCAUUCAGCGCUACGGAGUGGUGCAGAAGAAAAUUGCAGAAAAGUCCAGAGCGCUGCUUCCCAUGGCACAGAGGGGCAGUAAACAGAGUCCCCAGGCCCCGUUUGCCGAGCUGGCUGAUGAUGAGAAGAUCUUUAAUGGGAGUGACAACAUGUGGCAGGGCCAGGAGCAAGCGCUGCUCCCGGACAUCACUGAGGAGGACCUGGAGGCCAUCCGACUGCGAGAGGAGGCCACCCUGCAGAUGGAGAGCAACUUGCUGGAUGUGAAUCAGAUCAUCAAGGACUUGGCCUCCAUGGUGUCAGAGCAAGGAGAAGCUGUCGAUAGUAUUGAAGCCAGCCUUGAGGCUGCGUCCUCGCAUGCGGAGGCAGCCCGCCAGCUCCUGGCUGGAGCCAGCCGGCACCAAUUCCAGAGACACAAGAUCAAGUGCUACUUCCUAUCAGCUGGAGUCACUGCCCUGCUUGUCAUCAUCAUCGUCAUCGUCACCUCUGUUCGAAAGUGA